AUGCUCGCUAAGGUUGUUGCUCCUUCCAAGAUUCAAGAUGAGGGAUAUGGAGCCUUUCAGAAGAAUCUGGCCACAGUCUUCCCUGACAAGGCCGCCCUCACUUCCCCCACUCUCCCGUCACAAGUGGGUCGGGUAGUGAUUAUCACCGGUAGUACAGCGGGCAUAGGCCUAGCUCUCGCGCGAGUUUACUACGAUGCUGGAGCCACAGUCUACAUGGCGGCUCGUAAUGAGACCAAAGCCCAGGCUAAAAUCCAAGACAUCACUACUACAAGCACGUCUAAGACUCCGGGUUCGAUCAAGUAUCUUGCGAUCGAUCUAUCCGAUCUACGUACAAUCAAACCUUUUGUCGCUGCGCUUUUAUCACAAGAAACACGACUUGAUAUCCUGAACAACAACGCCGGUGUUGCUUGUGUACCACCUUCUCAGCGUACCGUGCAGGGCUUGGAGCCUCAUAUGGGCACGAACUGUGUAGGACCUUACCUUCUUACCUCGCUUCUAUCGGGGAUCUUGGUCCAGACAGCAACAGAGCCAGACACCCCGCCCAACAGUGUAAGAGUCAUUUGGUCUAGCAGCCUUCUUGUCGAUACCUCAGCACCAUCAGAAGGGGUUCCGCCGCAAGAUCUUGAAAAUCCCAGUGGUGAUCAUAUUCGAAAUUACACAAUCAGCAAAGCAGGGAACUGGUUCCUCGCUAAUCGCUUUGCGAAGCGAUUUGAUGCAGCAGGUGCAGGUAAAAAGGGUGUCGUGAGUAUAAACGCCAAUCCAGCAACAGUACGCACAGGCAUUUAUGACAAUGCACCGAAGACAGCAGUAUGGCAGACGAUGCCUGUUUUCGCUACUGCUUUGGAUGGCGCUCAUAUCUUAUUAUGGGCUGGUUGCAGCGAGGACAUAAUGGUCCAGGAUGGCGGACGCUAUGUGAUCCCCUUCGGGAAGUGGCAUCCAAACCCGAGAAGGGAUUUGCUGAAUGCGAUAUCCGAGAAUGAGAAUGGUCAGAGUUAUGCGAAGGGACUAGAGGACUGGGCCGAGGAGAUUACACUGGCAUACAAAUGA